AACUUUCGGCCAUUCCGCCGCUCUCGCAGUCGGCCUGGGACUCCACGCAGGGACCCCCGCCCUGUCCUCCUCCAGGCCCACCCCGGCAGUCCCCACCCCAGGCGGACGGCGAGAUAGGGUCCCGAGGCAGGGCCUUCCUGCUGCAGGUCUUGUCCAUGUCACCACAGCCUCGAGCUCCGGGGACAGAUCCAGGCCCAGGCUGCAUAUCAUGAGCACCGGGAUCCCCCAGGACACUCUCUGGGCUCCUCAGGCCCUGGGGCCCAAGGGCCCUGUCGCCCUGCCCCUGGCUCACCUGAGUUCCUCAGGCCCCAGGAUGCCAUAGAGGCCUGGAAUCAGACCUGGAGCCUGGGAAGCCUGGGCCAGAGGACCAGAGCCUCAUCUCUUCUGCCACCCCUGCUUGGUCUCUGCAGAGACUUGGCCUCCAGGUUUGUGGCUGCAGUGCCCCUCACCUGCUCCACACCUGGCCCUGUCACAGGCCUCAGCAAUGUCAUCACCUCUGCGGGCCCUCUUUCUCCUGGCCCUGGGCCUGGGGCUGGCUGGAACCCUCAACCCCAAGGACCCCAACACCUGCAGCUUCUGGGAAAGCUUCACCACCACAACCAAGGAGUCACACUCCCGCCCCUUCAGCCUGCUCCCCUCGGAGCCCUGUGACCGGCCCUGGGAGAGCCCGCACACCUGCCCCCGGCCCACGGUUGUCUACCGGACCGUGUACCGCCAGGUGGUGAAGACGGAGCACCGAAUGCGCCUGCAGUGCUGCCGGGGCUUCUAUGAGAGCAGCGGAGCCUGUGUCCCGCUCUGUGCCCGGGAGUGUGUUCAUGGCCGCUGCGUGGCACCCAAUCAGUGCCAAUGUGUGCAAGACUGGCGGGGCGACGACUGCUCCAGUGCUUGUGCCCUGGGAGUUUGGGGGCCACAGUGUGACAAGCCCUGCAACUGCGGCAACAGCAGCUCCUGUGACCCCAAGAGUGGGGCGUGUUCCUGUCCCUCUGGGCUGCAGCCUCCACACUGCUUUCGGCCCUGCUCCCCUGGCCGCUAUGGCCCUGCCUGCCAGUUCAGCUGCCAGUGCCAUGGGGCACCCUGUGACCCACAGACCGGAGCCUGCCUCUGCCCCCCAGAGAGAACUGGGCCCAGCUGCGAGGUGUCCUGUUCACAGGACAGUGUUGGCUUCUUCUGCCCCAGCACCCCUCCUUGCCAAAAUGGGGGUGUCUUCCAGGCCUCUCGGGGCUCCUGCAGCUGCCCACCUGGCUGGAUGGGCACCAUCUGUUCCCUGCCCUGCCCCGAGGGCUCCUAUGGACCCAACUGCUCCCAGGAAUGUCGCUGUCACAACGGCGGCCUCUGCGACCGGUUCACCGGGCAGUGUCGCUGCGCUCCGGGAUACACAGGGGACCGGUGCCGUGAGGAGUGCCCCGUGGGCCGCUUCGGGCAGGACUGUGCUGAGACUUGCGACUGCGCCACGGGCGCCCGCUGCUUCCCGGCCAACGGCGCGUGUCUGUGCGAACACGGCUUCACUGGGGACCGCUGCGCCGAACGUCUCUGCCCCGACGGCCUCUACGGCCUCAGCUGCCAGAUGCCCUGCACCUGCGACCCGGAACACAGUCUCAACUGCCACCCGAUGAGCGGGGAGUGCUCUUGCCUGCCGGGCUGGGCGGGCCUCCACUGCAACGAGAGCUGCCCGCAGGACACGCACGGGCCCGGCUGCCAGGAGCACUGCCUCUGCCUACACGGCGGCGUCUGCCAGCCCGACAGCGGCCUCUGCCGGUGCGCGCCCGGCUACACGGGCCCGCACUGCGCUAGCCUCUGUCCCCCUGACACCUAUGGAGUCAACUGCUCCGCACGCUGCUCCUGCGAAAACGCCAUCGCCUGCUCGCCCAUCGACGGCACCUGCGUCUGCAAGGAAGGUUGGCAGCAUGGUAACUGCUCCGUGCCCUGCCCGCCUGGAACCUGGGGCUUCGGUUGCAAUGCCAGCUGCCAGUGUGCCCACGAGGCAGCCUGCAGCCCCCAAACUGGAGCCUGUACCUGUACCCCUGGGUGGCACGGGACCCACUGCCAGUUCCCCUGCCUGAAGGGGAUGUUUGGUGAAGGCUGUGCCAGCCGCUGUGACUGUGACCAUUCUGAUGGCUGUGACCCUGUUCACGGACACUGCCAGUGCCAAGCUGGCUGGACAGGUACCCGCUGCCACCUGCCCUGCCCUGAGGGCUUCUGGGGAACCAACUGUAGCAACACCUGCACCUGCAAGAAUGGGGGCACCUGCAUCCCUGAGAAUGGCAAUUGUGUGUGUGCACCUGGAUUCCGAGGCCCCUCCUGCCAGAGAUCCUGUCAGCCUGGCCGCUACGGCAAACGCUGUGUGCCCUGCAAGUGUGCUAACCACUCCUCCUGCCACCCUUCGAAUGGGACCUGCUACUGCAUGGCUGGCUGGACAGGCCCUGACUGCUCCCAACCGUGCCCUCUAGGACACUGGGGGGCCAACUGUGCCCAGCUCUGCCAGUGUCGCCAUGGCGGGACCUGCCACCCCCAGCGUGGGAGUUGUUUCUGCCCCCCAGGCCGGACCGGACAUCUCUGCUUGGAAGGCUGCUCUCCAGGGGUGUUCGGUGCCAAUUGUUCCCAACCAUGCCAGUGCGGUCCUGGAGAGAGGUGCCACCCAGAGACUGGGGCCUGUGUGUGUCCCCCAGGGCACAGUGGCGCCCCCUGCAGGAUUGGAAGCCAGGAGCCAUUCACCAUGAUGCCUACCUCUCCAGUGGCCUAUAACUCACUCGGGGCAGUGAUUGGCAUUGCAGUGCUGGGAUCCCUGGUGGUGGCCCUGGUGGCACUGUUCAUUGGCUACCGCCAUUGGCAAAAAGGCAAAGCGCACCAGCACCUGGCAGUGGCCUACAGCAGCGGGCGGCUGGACGGCUCUGAGUACGUCAUGCCAGAUGUCCCUCCGAGCUACAGUCACUACUACUCCAACCCCAGCUACCACACCCUGUCUCAGUGCUCACCUAACCCCCCGCCCCCUAACAAGGUCCCAGGCAGUCAGCUCUUUGCCAGCCUCCAGGCCCCUGAGCGGCCAGGUGGAGCCCACGGGCAUGAUAACAACCACACCACACUGCCUGCUGACUGGAAGCACCGCCGGCAGCCCCCUCCAGGGCCUCUGGACAGGGGUAGGAGCCUGGGGCCCAAGGCCUCUGGUAACAGCCGCCUGGACCGAAGCUACAGCUGUAGCUACAGCAACAGGAAUGGCCCAGGCCCCUUCUACAGUAAAGGGCCCAUCUCUGAAGAGGGGCUGGGGGCCAGCGUGGCUUCCCUGAGCAGUGAGAACCCCUACGCCACCAUCCGGGACCUGCCCAGCCUUCUAGGGAGCCCCCGGGAGAGCAGCUACAUGGAGAUGAAAGGCCCUCCCUCAGGGUCUCCCCCCAGGCAGCCGCCCCAACUCCGGGACAGCCAGAGGCGGCGACACCCCCAGCCAGAGAGAGACAGUGGCACCUAUGAGCAGCCCAGCCCCCUGACCCAUGACCGAGACUCUGUGGGUUCCCAGCCGCCUCUGCCUCCGGGCCUGCCUCCUGGCCACUAUGACUCACCCAAGAACAGCCACAUACCUGGACACUAUGACUUGCCUCCAGUACGGCAUCCCCCGUCACCCCCACUUCGGCGCCAGGACCGUUGAGGAGCCAAGAUGGUGUGCAGAGGUCAGCACACCGGUUCUUUGCUGCUCAAGGCUGAGGACAGAGCCUGCUGUACCCUGCCAGGAGCAGGGAGAGGACUGGCCGGCCGUGAACAUGAACAUGUUUAAUAGAGGAAGUGAAUGGAGAGGAGAUGGGAGCCUGGCUCCCAGGUUCUACCAUGGGAAACACUGGUCAGCAGGAAACCUGUGUUCCUUUUCCCCAACCCAUUGCUCCCCAAGGCCCCCAGGGCCCUGUAUACAUAAACUGGUGGGUUGAAUGUUGCUGGAUAACUCUGAUUUCAGAUUGCUGUAAGAAGUGUAUAUUGGGUAACUUUUCUGUGCACUCCCGGGCUAGGCUCUGUGUGUGCGUGCAUGCGUGUUUUCAGAGGCGUACCAGGCACUGAUCCUGUCUUGGGGCACUCACUAUAUAGUGGAGAGGCAGCCCAAACCCAGUUAACUCUAGAAAUAGCGUGACUGGCCUCCCUGCAUUCAUUUGGUACUCCCGCCAACCAACUGCUUCAAAAUACAAGCUGGUUAGGUUACCCCUGCCUGAAAGUCUCCGUGGGUGCCCCAUGGCCCUCGGGCUACAGUCAAAAUUGUCCAAAGCCUUAAAGGCUUUGCUGGCCUGGCCUGCCUGUCUCUUCAGCCUCACUCUGAACUGUGUUCCCUAUCACUCUGCCCCAGUCACACUGGCCUCUACGUCCUCCUAUCAGCCACACGUCUUCCUACUACAGGGACUUGGCACAUCUGGAAUGCUCUUCCUCCCCCACUCACCUGUUAACUCCUGCUUGUCCCUCACACCCCAUGUUGUCUUUCACAGCACUGAUUACUGAUGUGUUCAUGCACCAGUUACCUGCAGAAGGCCUACAGGGUGCCAGGCACCUCUGUAAUGUGUUGCUUUUUAGCGUGAUUAUUUGAUUAAUCUCUGCCUCCCCCACCAGACUCUUAAGUUCCCCGAAAGCAGGAAUCCUGUGUUUAUGUUCAACACUGGCUCCCCUUGGCACAUGGUAGGCACUCAAUAAAUGUUCCCCCAAAG